CUUUGUGAUAUUCGAAUUGUGUCGUAGUGGUAUAAUUGAUCAUAGACUCCAUCCCCUCCCACCCCACCCCAUUCCCCUCCCCACCAUGCAGUUCCCGCGUCUGCGGCUGGUGCCGCACCUUCGCUGGCUGCUGCUCGGUAUCUGCCUCUCCUCCGUCACCUGGCUGGUGGCCCUGCUCCUCUACCUCCGCCUGGACGGCUCGCUGAAGUCCUUCCUCACCAGUCAUCACCCCAGCAAGGCGCCGGGCGGGCUCUGCGGACCCUAUGGCACGGGACCGUCCGUCCCGGCACAGCUGCCUGACCUGGCGCGCAUGGCUCUGGUCGAGACGGAGCAGGAGAAGAGCAGACGCGCCGAGGGGUACAAACGGCACGCGUUUAACACACUUGUCAGCGACCGGCUGUCGCUGAGGAGACUGGUACCCGACACGAGAAACGCACUGUGCUCCAACCGGACGUACCCGCCGGUGUCCAGCCUGCCGGACGUCAGUGUCAUUAUCUGCUUCUUUGACGAGGCCGAGUCGACCCUGCUCCGCUCUCUGUGGUCGGUUCUGGACCGGUCACAGCCCGAACUGCUGAGGGAGGUCCUGCUGGUCGAUGACGCCAGCACGUCUGAUGUGUCGGCUGUCGUGGAGAAACACGUGGAGAAGUUUUGUUUGAACAAGGUGCGAAUUAUUCGCUCGGAGAAACGUCUGGGUCUGAUGCGGGCCAGGAUCCACGGAGCAGCACAAGCUACAGGCAAGGUGUUGGUGUUUCUCGACUCCCACAUCGAGGUGAACACGGACUGGCUCCGACCUCUCCUCGCGCCGAUCGCAGCCGACCGUCACACCGUCACCGUGCCCGUCAUCGACAUCAUCAGCGCCGACACGUUCGCCUACUCGUCUUCACCUCUGGUGCGCGGAGGCUUCAACUGGGGCAUGCACUUCCAGUGGGUGGCCCUGCCCAAAGGAAGACCCACGGAGGGAGAUGGCGCCGUCAGUCCGAUAGACACCCCUACAAUGGCUGGCGGUCUGUUCGCGAUGGACCGGUCGUAUUUCCACGAGCUGGGGGAGUACGACCCCGGCAUGGACAUCUGGGGCGGAGAAAACCUCGAGCUGUCCUUUAGGGUAUGGAUGUGCGGCGGCCGUCUCCAGAUCGUCCCCUGCUCUCGAAUCGGUCACGUGUUCCGAAAACGCCGCCCCUACGACACCCCAGCCGGUCACCGCUCCUCCUUAGAAAACUCUCUGCGAGUGGUACACGUCUGGCUAGACGAGUACAAGGAGUACUUCUUCGAGACGCGGAAGGACGCCCGGAGGAUGUCUUAUGGAGAUAUAUCGGAGAGGAGGGCGCUCAGGGAGCGGCUCGGCUGCAAGUCCUUCAAAUGGUACGUGGAAAAUGUCUACCCAGAGCUGGAACUGCCCAAACUGAAGGACCCGGACGGUGUCAUCAUUCCUAGCGGCGCCGGCCGACGGGAGAUGAAGCCCUGGUACAACCGGCAGCGGGAGUAUGUCGGCGCGUACAGACUGAAACUGAAGGGGUCCAUAUGGUGCGCGGAGGCGGCUAAAGGUCAUAAGGCGCGCGCCAGUAAACUGAGACUGGCGAGAUGCUCGCAGGAUGAUGAUCAGGUGUUCCACGAGACCAGUCGUCAGGAGCUGGUGCUGAACAGGCUCUACUGUCUGGAUGCCGGCGGAAAGGCACCCGUCAUCCAGAAAUGCCACGAGAUGGGCAACGAACAACAGUGGGAUUUCGACUCGAAGAAGACCACAGUUCUGUACAAUGUAGCCGCUGGAAUGUGUCUAGGUGCCUCCGACCGGCGAGAGAUGGCACCACUGGUCAUGGAAAUGUGUAAGGAAAGCGAACACGUUCAGUGGGAGAUGGUGGACGCCAGCUGAUUGCGCAGUCAGCUGAUGGAAGGUGACACUCAGCUGAUUGGAGCUAGCUCAGCUGAUGGAAUAUCAGCUGAUGAUCGGCAAUCAGCUGAUGUGGAAAGUUUUUUGUUGACUCAACAAAUGAGGCUUUGGAUGUGUGUUCUGUGUGAGAAGAAAAUGAUCUGAAAAUGUGCAGCCAAUAUUACCGAUGUCUUCCGUGAGAUGCAAAAUUUAACGUUGACUUUAUUAGCGAUUGACGUUCAUGUACUUACCGUGUCUCAUUAGCUGUGUUGUUUGCAAAGUUAGUGUGGAAGAAGUGUUUUUCUAAGCGAAAUACCAGGUCAGUCUCAUGGAAACUGCGAAUCUGAAGUGGUUAGCUUUUUGUAAUUUGUCGAGCACUCAGUUGCUUGAGUGGUAACAGGUGGUCCAAGCUACAUUUCCUGCAGCUGCUUAUGCUAGCAUGUGGUUCAUUGCUUAUUUCGCCUCGACCAAGUGAUGUAUGCCUGCAUUCCAUUAUAAGGUAGAAUAAUUAGACACGAUGGAUUAAGUUUUUACGUUUAUUGUCGCCAUGCAGAAAAAAUUAAUCUGCAGUCGUUUUAUUAAUGCUAGUGAUUGAUCUGUUUCAUAUAUUUGCAUCCAAAGGUACGUGUUAUUGGUUGGAUGGCCAAUGAAUCUCGCCUCCACUAAAGCUUUCGUUACGUUUUCUAUUUUUUACUUCGAUCUUUUCCAAUUUUUGGGUCAUUUAUUUUGUCGACGCUUUUUGCCGCUUAUUGUUAUUAGUAAUAUGCCUUUGACAGAACAGUUCAGAACUGUGCAGUGGUUUCGUUUCGUAGUUACGGAUUAUUGUGGUGACAGUGCGUGGGUAUCCUGAGAUUCUUGUAUGCUUGGAGAAGCCCGAAACAAGCUGAAUAUUUGCUGUAAUACUAGAGUAUAAAUCUUAACACGGUGGUUCUGUAAUCUGUAUGAUAUGCCGGUGAUAAAUGUGUGAGCAUCCCGUAAUCGUGUUUUGGACUCAUUUACUUUUUGUGCACUUCAGUAUAGUCUGCCGGCUACAUGCGAUGUAGAUUGUGACUCAUGCAGCAAUAAGCAAGUGUUGUGUGUGCAUUUGUAAUGCUACAUUGUUCAUUCCAACGUCAUUCCAAUGCUCAUUUGUGUAUUUGUAUGGAUGCAACGGACUAUUUUUGGAGAAACUUGUACGGUGUGGUAUUUGUGAUACAGGGUUACUGGCGUUGUGCUUUGUUUAGGUACUCCCGAUAAAUGGGAGGGCUUUUUGGUCCAUACGGAGUUAUUAGAAGAAACGAGUGGGCUGGCUUGCAGAGGCUUUUUACAUAGCCGGUGUUUUGCUACAGUAUUUUGUCGACGACGUGGGUGUAAAUUUUUGUUCGAUGAAACUGCUUAGUUGUUUUAUAUCAUGCAAUAAAAAGCCGCUUUCUGAUA